AUGGCAAAGUCUCCAAACGAAGAAGCUCACCUUCCUGGUGUCGAUGGCGAUGACUUCCAGGGCCUCGUCCUCGCCGAUGUCAUUCCACGCGAUCGCAAGCCGUGGUACUCUGACUGGACCCUCUGGAAGCUGAACCUGCUUCUGCUUAGUGGUCUUUUGACCCAGACGGCAACAGGUUUCGAUGCGAGUAUGCUCAACGGUAUGCAGUCUCUGCCUCAAUGGCAAGAGUUCUUUGGCGAACCCAAGGGAACGCGUCUCGGAGCCAUGACCUUUGGCCCCAACGGUGGCGUCCUCAUCUCGAUCCUUGUCUCGUCUCAGCUUUGCGAUUGGCUCGGUCGAAGGAAGCCCAUCUUUGGAGGAUCCAUCCUUAUCAUUGUCGGAUCCAUCAUUCAGACCUGGAGCCGCAACUAUGGCAUGUUUGUUGCUUCGCGCUUCAUCAUUGGCUUUGGCCUGGGAAUCGUUUCUACCGCUGCUCCGCCGCUGCUCUCUGAGGUCACAUACCCGACGCAUCGUGGACAAGUUGUCUCCUUCAUGAUGUGUUCUUGGCCUCUUGGUGCCUUGAUUGCUGCUUGGGUCACGUACGGCACCUUUCAGAUCCAGGGAUCCUGGGCAUGGCGUCUCCCCAGCAUUCUUCAGGCCACCUUCUCCGUCGCCCAAGCUUCCCUGGUACUGUUUGCCCCUGAGUCUCCCCGAUGGCUGAUCUACAAGGGCCGUUACAAGGAGGCUAUGGAUAUCCUGGUCAAGUGGCACGGUUACGGUGACCCCAACUCCAGACUUGCGCGCUUCGAAAUGGCUGAGAUUACGGCUACUCUCGAGGUCGAAAAGGUCCAGAAGAGGUCACGAUGGGCUGAAUGGAUCUCGACCCGUGGAAACUGGCACCGUUUCUUUCUCGCCCUGUACAUCCCCGCCAUGCUGCAGUGGUCUGGCAACGCCCUCACCUCUUACUACCUCGCCAAGGUUCUCAACUCGAUCAAUAUUACCGACCACAAGACUCAGCUGCUUCUCAACGCCGGUCUUCAAAUCUGGGGUUUCCUUUCAGCUGUUCUCUUCGCCAUGCUUGUCGACAAGUUUGGUCGACGAAGACUCUUCCUCGUUGGCAUGACUGGUAUGGGUGCUUCCUACGUUAUUUGGACCAUCUGCUCUGCCCUCAACCAGGAGACAGGCUUCAAGCACAUUGGCUAUGCUGGCGCCGUUCUAGCCAUGAUCUUUGUCUUUUCUCUGUGGUACCACGCCUGUUCUCCCAUCGGCGCAACAUAUAUCAUGGAGGUCACGCCCUACUCGCUGCGUGCCAAGGCCUCCAUGUUGUACCAGCUGACCGGUAACUUGGCCGGCAUCUACAACGCCUUUGCCAACCCCGUCGCCAUGGAAGCUAUUGCAUGGAAGUACUACAUCGUUUGGUGUGUCGCCAUCGCCAUCCACCUGACUCUCAUCUAUUUCUUCUUCCCCGAGACCAAGGGCCGAUCCCUCGAAGAGGUUGCCGAGAUCUUUGACGGUCCUGAUGCCGCGGUUGGCACCAAUGCCAUGAAGCAGAUGGGACUGGAUACGAAUGCCGAUGGUGCUGUCGGCUUUGAGAAGGAUAGCCAGGGGUUGGAGUCUUCGGCUAAGGCUGCCGUUGUGCAGGUCGAUAGGAAGUAG